UUACUAAACACAGCGGUGGUUUGGUUGUCUGAUCAACACGGUACUUUUUCGAGGGGUUUUCAAUUUUUAGGAUGGUUCAGUUGGAGGUCUGCAUACCGGUAGAAGUAGAAGGCAAAUAUGGAGAGUAUUAUCCCGGUGUUAUUAAUGGAUUGAAAUCACUAGAAGAACUUAGUGUAACACUGUUAGAUCCUUCCCUCUCGAAAGCCAUUGUGGAAUUUACUCUUCCUCCUUCCUCAUUGCGCCUCCCCCCAAAGGAUCCGGGGACAGUCCUAGAACCAGUUCAAGGACAAGAAGUUGAUGUGCUGAUUAGCUCGUUUUCAGGUGAACCAUCUGUAGAUCAUGAGCCAUCAGGUGAUGUAAUUGCUUCCAAACUUUCUGCCUGGUGGCCUGCUGUAGUAAGAAAGAUUGGUGGGAGUUUUGUCAUUGUGGAGUUGAUGGCUGACUUCUCUGCUGAAAAUUCUAGUUCAAAAGAAGUAACUGUCCUUCCCAACAAACGCAUCAGUGUCCCUCAUCCAUCAUCACUGGAAAAAACAGAUAUUGUUGAAAAGCACCAGUUAAGGCCACGAACUCAUCAUCCCAAUCUUAGUGUCUCGUCCUUCCACAUGCAUGCUAUUGAUAUACCAGACGAAUUAGCACCAUACUGUAGAGAGCCUGCCAAUUACCACCACUUUGCGCGAAGAUGCGGUUUGCCGGUCUUAAUCACUUUGGCACCGGAUACACUCAAACCGGUCUCCCCAGUUAUGAAGGGAGACAGUGAAACAUACAAUCUAAAAUCCCGUUUGCUUGUGAUAUCAACGGAUAUCUCAACAAUCAACAGAGCAUCAGUCAUCGACAACACGUUCGUUGAUAUGUUGCGACAAAAAGUGUCCAUUUUGCAACAAACUGAAGAACUAUCUAAAAAGUUGGUUGCGUCGCGUCUUAAUCAGCAAUCACCAUUCGUUGAAGAAUUUUCCAUACCUCUGGAUUUAAUACACUAUGCAAUUGGAGCCCAAGGAUCAAAUAUUAGACGCGCCAGUGCAAUUGAAGGCAUACUAUCAGUAAAGUUGGAUCGUCAAACAGGCAAUAUUAGGAUUUCUGGGAAGACGCAGGAUGCUGUUAGAAACGCUAAAAAGUUAUUAGACUUCUCUCAAGACGUCUUUCAGAUACCUAAAUCGUAUGUAGGUCCUAUUUUGGGAUCAGGUCGUCGACACGUUCAGCAUAUCGUAGACCGGGUGGGACUUGUUGGAAUCAAGAUUUCUAAAUCGCCUGAAGACGAUCAGGAGCAUGUUUCAUUCCAGUUAACUGGAACUCAGCAAGCCAUACGUGAUACACAGUUGUUUUUGGAAUUUCAAGUUGCAAGCUUACAGGAGUUAGAUCGACUUCGUGGUGUUGAGAAUCCACCAUCCAUACUAAAGCCCAAAGAAGGGAUCAUUCCACCUGAAGACAUUUCGAGCAAUGAUGAGUCCUCGAAUCCUCUGGUUCAUCCUAAAAAUGGUCAUCAUAUAUCAAACGGUGACAAUCAGAGUUCUAAAUGCAGUGAAUCAAACUAUGCUGUACAUUCAAAUAGUUGCUCAAAUAAGGAAGAUCCAGAGAAACAUGAAACUGCGGAUAACCACAUCUCAAACUCGCGUCCACAUCCUGGUGGACGUCAGCCUAAACCAAGACCUCAAGUUAAUCACACAAGGCCAGAUUCUCAUCAAAUCCCUCGCACUCAACGAGGCGUUGGUGAAAGUAUUCAUAACAAUGGAAAUAACCAUACAGGUGUCUCUAAGUCUUCAGCUAAUUACGUUAACUCCAAAAACCCCAAUCAUCAAAGAAAUCGUCAACCAGAUCAUCGUCCAGAUUCCAUGAGACCUAGAGGACAAAAUAUGUGUGCCCCAAUUGUUAGCUGAAUAGAAUUGCCCAGUUAAAGUUCAACGAACAUUUUCAGUAGGCGACUCAGUCUUAAUAAAUACUUGCCUUUAUCUUCGCUUUGAUGAUCCAAACACCUCAUUUAAUUCGACUGUCAUGUCUUCUAUACACCCUCACAUUGUGUAGAUCAGAUUGAAUAACCAGAAACUUGCUUAACAAUGGUUUUUAAAAUAAUCUCUUGUUUUAAGUGCAUAUUACUGAAUUUUUGUUGCCUUUUUUUUCCUGGUGAUAUUCACUUAUCGUUUCAACCAAUCUUAAUCUUUAAUCAUAUUCUGUAUAUUGUUUCUGUUAUAGCUUCUGGAGUCACUAACUAAUAAAAACAAAAUAUCAUACUUAGUAAUUAUGCAAUUUUAGUGAAUAUCUUUGCUUUCAACCGCAUCUGAACUAUGUCAUUACCUCAGCUUAAUACCUCAAAUUUAUGUACAAAUCAUGAUCUAUUUGAAGGGUUAUUCUACUACACUUGGUUUGUAUUAUAGUUUUUAAUUAGUGCAUUCGUUACCCAUUUCAUAUUGGUUUGUUUGUCGUAAAAAUUAGACUACAAUAAGUGGGAAUCAGUAUGGUGCGAAGUGUCACUCUUCUAUCGCUCUAGAUUUAUCAUUAGAUAAUUUAGAUGUAAUUCUCUUUCCUGUAUUAUCUAU